AUGUUGGGAUUCGCGCUCAUCGGAGUCAUGCUCUCUACCGUGGUAUCUCAGGACUUGAUUGGCGUCAGCUACACUUUUGACGUCGACUUCGAGAAGACCUUUAACAACAAAACGUGUGCCGUCGAUGAGAACUGGGUUCUGACGGAUUACUCAAGCUUAAAAAUCACCUCGCCGUUCCAAAAAAGUCAGAGAGGGAUUAGAUCUAGGAGAGAAAGCUGCAUGUCGUCAUUCUCAAUGGUAUUCCUCCGUAACAGCAUUCUGGAAUUGAAUGUGUUUCUUGAAGCGUUUGGUGAGGACAGCGGAUUGACAGCGACCGUAUUCGAUGAAAGUAGUGUACCGAUAAUAUCUUAUUCGUAUAACAGAACUAGUAUAGGCUACAAACCCGGAUGGACUACUCUAUCGAUAGCAAUCAACACAAGUGUAACCGGUUACAUUAAUCUUGUAGGACGCAGCCGAAAUAAAGAGAUUGUUUUAGUUGACUCUUUUCGAUACAUUACGAGCCACAUAAAAAGUGACGCCUUGAAAUUCUUCGAAGUUGAUGAAUCCGAUGCACUUAUAGAAAAUAUACAUGAACUCUCAGACCUUUUAUUCAAUGACGAAGGAAGUGGUGAUUUCGGUUCAGGUGAAGAAGAAUUUGAUGUUCAUUUUGAAGAAGAUUUUGAUGAAGAAGAUAUUGACGAAAAAGGCAUAAUUAAGAUCGAAGAA